CGGGGCGCGCCGGCCAUCGCUAUACUCGCGGUGCUUAGUAUUGCCGCCGAAAUCAAUGACCAAAAGAUCAUCAGCGAAGCGAAUGGUAAUAAAGAUAAACUGUUGGAUCAACUGCGAGAUAAGUGCAAAUAUCUGUGCACUUCACGGCCCACUGCCGUCAAUAUCGACAAGGAGUGCAAGCAAUUGAUCGCAUUUGCCGUCAAAUUGAGCGCAGAUUCAAGCGUUUCGUUUGAGUCAAUGUUUNAAUAUGCCGUAAAUCUGUUGCAAAUCGAUAUUAAUGUCAAUAAAUCUAUCGGCGAUUUCGGCGCUAAAUAUAUCAAGUCUUUGAGUCAGAAACCGCUCAAUAAUGUGCUGACACACUGCAACACCGGCAGUUUGGCCACAGCCGGUUAUGGGACAGCACUGGGAGUUAUCAGGUCUUUGCAUUCAACCAACUCAUUGUCACACGCCUAUUGCACGGAAACGCGUCCAUACAAUCAGGGCUCGAGACUGACCGCAUGGGAACUGCUUCGCGAUAACAUCCCCUCCACUCUCAUCUGCGACUCUAUGGUCGCCGCUCUCUUCAAAAAUAAGACAAUCGAUGCGGUGGUAGUCGGAGCCGAUCGAGUGGUGGCCAACGGUGACACCGCCAACAAGAUCGGCACCUAUCAGAUCGCAGUGUUAGCCAAACACCAUUCCGUGCCUUUCUUCGUGGCCUCACCUCAAAGUACUAUUGAUAUGACUCUCCAGAGCGGAGAAUCCAUUCCCAUAGAGGAGAGACCGGCCGAUGAGAUGAAGAAAGUGGCCGGCGUUCAGAUCACAGCUCCCGAGAUCAAUUGCUGGAACCCAUCAUUCGAUGUGACACCCAAUGAGUUGAUCACCGGAAUAAUCACCGAAUUUGGAGUCUUCGCACCCAAUGAACUCAAAAAUAAAUUUAAACUU